AUGGACAACGGGAAGGACCUGGAGAGUGUUUCUCUCAUCGAUGUGUUCUCCGAGGAUGAUAUCCUCCUCUCCUCCCCGCCCGGCGUCACCAAAGAGUCCGGUAAUCAUCUCCUCGGGCUUGCAUGAUACCUGAUGGACCUUCUUUUUUUUUCCGCUAUGGCGAUGUUGCCGCGUUUCGAUUGAUCCUGUGGGAAAAGAUCCCGAGAGUUCUCUUAGUUUCUCUGGUUGAUCAUUUGAUGUCGCCGGCUUUCAGAAAUCAGAAUACUGUUGUCCUCGUAUUUCACUCGUCUUCGAUACUUCGCCUCAAAUUCCCAGUUCUUGGUAAAUUUUCUCAAGAUUCGGGGAUCGUGAGGCGUGUUCUGCACGAUGAACUCAAGAGCCAGCGAGAUCAAAUAGCUAGUUCAUCGUCCUUGUUACUUGCAGUUGCCGUUCUGGAGAUGGUUUUUUAACAUCUUUAUACGGGAACUUCCCAAAGAUACAAAGGGAUAUGCGGGGACAUAGAAGAGUGAGAUCGCAUGCAUUGCCAAUCAAUCUGAGGAAGGCUAGUCAAUGAAACAUCUAAAAAUAUUUCAGCUUUUAAUUAUUACGUGCACGCUUACAGCUCAUGAAUUAUCGCUCUACAAAUAUUUCGUUGAUCUGAGUAUUAUUGUACUAUUGGUGGAUUUUGGCAAGAAGCCAAAGUAUACCGCGUCAUUUCUAAGUCAUACAUACAUGAGCCAUCUACCAGUAGUUUAUUGUCCCUGAAUUAGCCGAUGGUUCAUGCAUUCAAAGCUGGUCAUUAUGGAAAUUUUAAGGAUUACUCGGUGAUUCUAUCGGUUUUGCUAUCAUGUCGUCAUGGACAAUUUUAAGCAGGAAAUUUGUUUUCUACGGAGUAAAUCCCAUGUUAUGGCUACUUUGAGAUAAUAAUUCCACUACCUAUUACUGCGAUUAGUGAUACCUCUUGUAGAGUUAAAAUCUUAGAUACAUGAUAUUGCACUCUUGUAGCACGUGCUAUAGGUCAGAAUUUUGAGCAUACUAGACUGUUGCCUAGGUCUCGGAGUGCGGGCAGCCAGCAACUCCAGCUUAUGAAAUUGUGGACGCAGAAUUGAACUGGCAUAGAUUAAUGGAUAAGCUUCAACUCUGAGUGCUCUUCCUCUUACCGUUUGCUUGCUGCAAACCUGGCUCCUCCAAUGAAAAAAGAACUAAUUUGUCAUUUCUCGGUUCUUUUGUUAUAAUGAAGUCCAUGUAUUCAGACGCGAAUAAUAAUCUGUAGCUGAUUCAACAUUUAGGAUUAUUCUUUCCUGUCUCAUGUACUGCCGUUUAGAGCUCCCUACGAGAUUUAUUUUUUAAUAAUUUAGUUUUAGCGUGAAACCGAUUGCUUUUUACGAUCUGUUCGAAGUGUAACCUUUUCUCACGCCUCAUAUCUUUGUCGAUUGAAAGUUUCUUCGAGUUGUUACUGGCGUCCAAGGAAAAAUGUUUUUGUCCUUUUGCCUUCUUACACAGUAAGACAUUUUUAUGGGCAAGUAUUUCUGUCUUCGGAUUUAGCGCAAAGGGCUUAAAUUUCUCAGUUACGUUUUCCACAAAGCAUCAUUUGCUGUAAUAUGUUUGGAUUCUAUAUUCUGUAGAAAUUCUACUUCUUAGCCAUCCAGAAAUGAUGGGUACAUCUCUAUCUCAGUGGAGACCCUAGCUGGGUGGACUACUGUCUUUGUCUUUAAACUAUUUUCUCGGGUAUUGGAUUUCUUAAUUUCCGGCUCCAGAAGACACCAUACUUCUACAAUCGGUAUGGAUUCUGUAUCCUCGUUGAGUUCUGUUUUCAACUGGUCGAAAACAGAGCAAAUCACUCUCAUAUAUAUAUAUAUAUAUAUAUAUAUAUAUAUAUAUAUAUACGUGUGGACUAAUUCUGAGAGCCUGAAUGUGCCUUCCUUGAGUUUCAGCCUCUCGCAAGACAGGUUUCUGCAUGAUAGUUAGGCAUAUCUGAUUCCUUGCUGAGUCAAUAUUCCUUCUAUUACAUUAUCUGUCGCAAUAAUGCUAAUUACUGGGUUCUGAGGUCAUGUUAUACCAUUGGUACUAUAGAAUUGUUCUCUCUCCUUUUCACUUCUUAUACCCGUAAAAAGGUUACUAUAGGAUACUGUUGUUGGGUCGAGCGUUCCGUCGCAUGUAUAUAUGAGUUGUAUAAUUUCGAAGACCAAUUUUGUAAAAACAUUAAAAGGUAUUUUCAAUUUGGCCAGUAUCAAUGUAGAGAUUGUUCAUUGUUUAUGACAUGCUACUUGUGUUGCUAUUGUAUGGAUGAUAUAAUAUUAUCUGGAUUUUUUUUAUUUUUAAGGUCAUAUUGAGGAGAGCAUGUCUCCAGUAAAAUUUAAAGAUAAAUCUAGCGUCCGACUGGACCCAGUUCCUCUACCAUCCGAUUCUCCAGAACCAAAAAAUUGUACACGAAGGUACAAUUUACGCAAAAGUAUGGCAUGGGACAGCGCAUUCUUCACUAGUGAAGGUAUACUGUGCUAUUGUGCAGAUGAAAACCUGCUCUUAUUACUUAAAUAUUAAAGUGGAUAAUCUAAUCGCGUAUAUUGUCUCAGGAGUUCUUGAUCCUGAAGAACUAGCUGAUGCGAAUAAUACGUUCAGGAAUAUACCAAAACAAUCAUUGCCCGGAAUUCCAGAAUAUGCGAGAAAAUCAUCCGAGUCAAACGCUGACUUGGAUGGGGAUAAGUGGUGCGUUGGAUCUGGUGAGGCCAAUCUGGUUGAGAAUUUACAGUCCUCUGUUCAAAAGUCUCAAACAGACCAUGCUAGAAAUUCGUUGUUGUCACGUUCCAGCGCUUCAUUGAACUCUGGUAGGUUUUGCCGUUAGCGUUGAAUUUCUGGUCUAUUAGUGUAGAUAUGUUAGCUAUAGUAAAUUUCAAUAUUUCAUCUCCCGCCUUUCUUUAGUAAUUUGCUAUUAAAAAAAUAAUGUAAGCUCGUUGUUCUCAUGAUUGUGUUCGUGCAGCGUCUAAGAAUUGGCGUCAUUCUCCUCGGCCUAAGGUAAUUUAUACCCAAAACAGAGAAUCAACAGUUCUUAGUACUUUGGAUACGUGAUCAUUAAAAAUUCCUACAAACAUCAGAUGAAGCCUUCAAUCGCCUCCCCUAAGCAUGGCCUAAGUGCUCAACAAUCAGUGGCAGUACCUGAAGAAGCUGCUAGUAAUACGCGAGUGGUAUGUAAAUACCUUUCCUCAAAAGCUUCCGACGAAUUAGUGGAUGGGAUUAUCUAACUCAUCAUUUGCUUGCACAAAGGCUGCCAAUGAAAGUAGAGCGAAGAAGGUUUCACCAAGGCCACCAAAGACUGCGGCGAGAAUUCCCAUAGUACUAAACAGCAGACCUUCUGGAAACGUCCAAUCAAGUCUCCAAACCAGAAAAAAGACCGAAGAUCUUCCUGGUAGAGAUUCCCUUGUGCCAUACGUCGGUGGCUCCUGAGCACUUCACCCCUUCCUGCAAUUUUGGAGCUUAUUCUUUUUUUAAAAAAUAAAUAUAGUGGCUUAUCUUUUUCCGUUUCAGGGGAUGUAGGCAACAGCCAGCCUGUUACAGCUACAAGGAGACUCCUUUCAGGAGGUUCAUGCAGAGCCACUCCCCAUUCCACUCUUUCUGGUUCUUCUAUCAACUCCCAUCCACCUGGUUCUCUCUCAAGUGGUAGAUCAUGUGUCUCUUCACAUGAUCGUUUAAGCAGAGCCCCUUUAGAGAGCUCCGAGGAGAAAGCAGCUAGAAAAGUUGGGUCCUCAAUCCCAGAGCCUGCCAGCACAUGCCAAGUAAGAGACCUAAGAAAUAAAAUGGGGACUAUAGGUAGAAAGUCCAAACCAAAGGUUUCUCCAAGCAUAUCUCCGUCCAGCUCUGUUGAGAGCUUCACUUCGGGGUCAUCCUCCUCCUCGGCUUCGUUGGCCAGACGGCCUACCAACUCACCAACCGACCUCCAGACCAGUCCUUCAUUUCAAAGCCGAGUACCUCCUUCGCAUCCUAAUGGGCAUCGUCCCACCUCCGCAAGGGUUCCGCAGGUUGAGCAUGAGGGCAGAGCGUCCUCCAGGACCCAUUUGGCGACCAAUCCAUCAUGUUUCGAUGCUGUCAGAUGCUCUGUUUCUACUUCUGGUUCAAAAGAGCUCAAACCCUCUGGGCUCCGGUUGCCAUCCCCAAAGAUUGGAUAUUUCGAUGCAGUGAGUCCACCCCUCCUCCCUCUUCUCCCAUUCGUGACGGCGGCGUUAUCAUCAUCAUUUUUAUUCAUCUGUUCUCUGUUUCCGCUCAUUCCCGGACUGAAAACUUUCCCUUUCCAGGAGAAAUCUCAGCCCCAGGGUUCCAACAGGAAUCCUCAGAAGAGUUCUCGUGGUACUAUGCUUUCAAGGGCCUCCAGAUUAAGCACGGGUGCUGGAGCAGUCAACAGACAGAAGCUCGGUAGGCCUCAGCCUGCCACAUCAGCAAACCCUAACAACCCUCAGAACACGGGAAUCACGAAUCGGGCCAUUGAAGAAUCUCCUGGGGCGUCUGUCGAUGGAAGUAAAGAUCUGGACGGCCAGGAGAUGAGCAGAGACAUUCAGAGAGACCACCACCCUUCCCGUGAAAUCACCCCCAAGACCAGCUCACAUGCUGAGAAUAGUAGUAAGGUGGAGAUGGCAGGCGCAGGGGACGAUUGCGAAAGCCAUCUCCAAGCGUUACCUGACAUCCAAUCCCCGUAA